AUGGCACCGGCCGCAGCUACGCCUCGCAUGCCCGUCAAGCAGAAAAUGGCGGUCUCAUUAAAGUCCAUCAUGUCCUCGGUCCUGGGCAAGGGCGGCGCCGAGGGUCCCACCCCGAUCCUCGAGCUCUUUCCCAAGACCGACCCCGCCGUCGACGGCGACGAGUGUCUGCACGACUGCGACGGGUGCAGCGUCAAGUACCCGCGCAACUUUAAAAUCGAGACGGAAGACUAUUUGUAUGGCCAGGUCAAGGAGUGGGCGACGCACGCCAUUGUCGCCACGGGCAAGACCGACUGGGUCCGCGACAGCGCCGACGAAAAGGGCAGCGUCAUGGAGGCGAUUGAGCAUGCGCCGCAUAAGCCGACCAACGGAAAAAUGAAGCUUUCCGCCUCCAACAUGCCCACCCCCAACGACACCACCGACUACUCGGAGCCCACGACCGUCCUGCUUCUCCCCGCCUUUACCCUAGUCCGCAACGUCCAGCCCGCCAAUGUAUCGCAGCUCAUCACCGACAUCGUCGACAAGGCCCCGACCAACACCUCCCCCAUGGCGUCCUUCACCCUGCCCACCUCCGUCGCGUCCCCCGGGGGGCUCCCGGACCUCGUCACCAGCAACUGCCCGCACAACGCCGUCAUCCUGCUGUGCAGCCAAAAGACGCGCGACGCGCGUUGCGGGCAGAGCGCGCCGCUGCUGCGCAAGGAGUUUGAGCGCCACCUGCGCCCGCUCGGCCUCGCGCGCGACCUGCACGACGAGCGGCCCGGCGGCGUCGGCAUCUACUUCAUCGACCACGUCGGCGGCCACAAGUACUCGGCCAAUGUCAUGAUUUACCGCCGCGCCAACGCCUUUGGCCAUGAUCAAGUGGCUGCGCGUGCUGAUGGCGCGCAUGAGAACGGUGGGCCGACGGCGGAGAUGGGCGCCGCGCAGUGCAUGUGGCUCGCAAGGGUCCGCCCCGAGGACUGCGAGAAUAUCGUGCGCUACACGAUCCUCAAGGGCAAGCUGGUCAAGCCUGAGAGUCAGCUGCGUGCUGGAUUUGACCGCUCUAAAGGACUGAUGAGCUGGUGA